AUGGCUACUGAUGUGCUUGAUAUUCUGGACAUCGAAGAAUCUGGCGCUCGGAAGUCUUUAUUGAAUACAAAGUCUCUACUUGCCAGAACUGAUAAGGAUAAUUUGGUUCUCUAUCACUGGCGUCGUGAAGACACUGAUGCCAAUGAGGAGUAUCAUUUUGCUCGUCUCAACAAGCAUAUGGAAGUUCCAACGUACACCGAUGCCGACUAUAGGGCUUACCUGCAGGAUUCAAAAUGGACUCUUGAACGCACCAACCACCUAAUGGAGUUGGCGCGUCAGUUUGACGUUCGAUUCAUUCACAUGCACGACCGAUGGGAUGCGGAGAAGUUUUCGCCUAGGCCCUCCUUGGAGGAAUUAAAGGCUCGGUACUAUGGGAUACUCGGAAUCCUUGACAAGAUUCGAGGCACAAACCUCGGCCAAGGUCUACGAUAUGACAUUGAGCAUGAGAAACGCCGGAAGCAGCAAUUAAGCCUCCUUUACGGUCGCAGCAAGGACGAGGUGGAGGAGGAGGAGCGCCUUAUCGGCGAACUUGAGCGCAUUGAGGCGCGUCGAAGGGAACGCGAGAGGAAGAAGCAGGACCUUCAAAAGCUUAUCUCUCAGGCUGAAUCUGCCACUCGUGAAUUUAAUGACACAGGACACGACGAUUCGGCUGGCUCUCGGCGAACAACUUCUUUGGGUGGCGGUGGUGGAAUUUUUGGAAGCUCAACGCAGGUGGAGCGUCGAAGGUCGACUGUGGGCUCCCAAGGAGUUACUGGCUUAAUAGAGGGCCUUGGCGGUCGCGCUGGCGGUUCUCUCAGUACUGCUCUUGCUGCCACUUCGUCAGCUAUGGCUGGGACCUUGUCUGGUUGCGCAAAUCUGGCCUUUCCGGAUCUGUCGAAGACGCCGGGCGUGCAUCUGAACAGUCAAGGGAUGAAGUUGCCUGCGUCGUUGGGUCAGAAGAGGAUUCGCGUGAUAGAGAACUUCCUCUCGCAUUAUCAAAUGGAUCCUAGUCCUCCGGCGACUAAAGAAAUCGUGGAAGCGUACAAUCGGUUGCGCAGUAAUAUCCUCUUACUUUACGAUCUACGAGGCGCUCUUCUCCAGUGCGAUUACGAACUCCACGCCGCUAGGGCCCGUAUGGAACUAUUUGCCGCUGAGAGGAUUCCAUCAAGUCUUGCCAAUUUGACAUCGAAUUCUGGCAAAGCGGGUACCUCAGGUCCCGCUCCUCCUCCCGGCGUUGAUGCGAGUGUGUUGGCCGCGCUGAAGGCGGCCGAUUCGAAGCGCCCAGCCCCACCUCGUCAUUCCUUCGGUCAUGCGGGUUCUUUGGCUGCAGCUGCGGGCACUUUAGGGGGCUUGAACGCAAUUCCGCCUCCCGUUCCCUCGCCCAUGCCCUCACCCCACACCGCUUCUUCCCCAUCUCCCUUGGGUGAUGCUUCACCUGCCUACGCAUUUGGUGGCAGUCAGCAGCAGUCGACAUCGUCAUUGGCAUCACAACGGAGGAAACGCGCUGCUGCCGCUGAACAGGGCAGAGUAAUGAAGAAAUUGAAGACCAAAGGUCACCUACUGGAGUGA